UAGCGGCAGGGGUGGCUUCUGUGCGCCUGAGGGGACCCGGGCUGGAGGCAGCUCCGUGUCCCACUGGGGGAAGGCUCAGCUCCGUGAGCGCCUUGCGGCGAGCUCAGUUUAGCAGGGCCGAGCUCAGCCCCGCCGUGUACUGGCACUGCCGCUGGUGACCGGGGCCAGGCCCAAAGCUGUUCUGGGGACACGCAGAGCCACGGACUGAACGUGGCGGCUCAGCAGUGGCUGAGGAGUUGUUUCAGCCUCAGGGAGUUGGGCCUCUUCAGCCUCAAGAAGAGACGACCGAGGGGGGACCUCAUUUAUGUGCAUAGAUAGGGAGGGGUGUCAGAGAGCGGAGCCGGCCUCUGCUUCGUGGUGCCGGGCAGUAACAAAAGGCGAUGGGCAGGCGGUGCUCAGGAAGUUCCACCCGAAAAUAAGAAGCGAUUUCUUUGGUGCGCACUGACCGCGCACGAGAGUGGGGUGCCAGGGAGGCUGAGGAGUUUCCCUCGGUGGCGAUCGCCCCGAAGCGGCGGUGCCGGCUGGGGGCGCUGCGGGCGGAGGCCGCGCUGACCGCCCCGCCCCGCCCCGGCCCGGCCCAGGCCCCGCGUGCAGCCGCGCGGGUCCCGCCGCCGCGAUGGUGAAGGAGCAGUUCAGGGAGACGGAUGUGGCCAAGAAAAUAAGCCACAUCUGUUUUGGCAUGAAAUCUCCAGAAGAGAUGCGUCAGCAAGCUCAUAUUCAAGUGGUUAGCAAAAAUUUGUAUAGUCAGGACAACCAUCACUCUCCACUGCAGUAUGGAGUGCUGGACCAUCGCAUGGGAACCAGUGAAAAAGACCGUCCCUGUGAAACCUGUGGAAAAAGUCUGGCUGAUUGUUUAGGGCACUAUGGGUACAUUGACUUAGAACUACCAUGUUUUCAUGUUGGAUACUUCAAAGCUGUGAUAGGCAUCUUACAGAUGAUCUGCAAAACCUGUUGCCGUAUCAUGCUGUCGGUGGAAGAAAGAAAGCAGUUUUUGGAUUACCUAAAACGACCUGGCCUCGCAUAUCUUCAGAAGAGAGGGCUAAAAAAGAAAGUGUCUGAGAAGUGCCGAAAGAAAAACACUUGUCCUUACUGUGGGGCCUUUAAUGGAACUGUGAAGAAGUGUGGUUUGUUGAAAAUAAUACAUGAAAAGUACAAGACAAAUAAGAAAGUCGUAGAUCCAAUAGUAUCUACUUUUCUCCAGUCCUUUGAAACUGCCAUUGAAUAUAACAAAGAAGUAGAACCCUUACUGGGAAGAGCUCAGGAAAACUUGAAUCCUUUGGUAGUAUUGAACCUCUUUAAAAGAAUCCCAGCAGAAGACAUCCCUCUACUUCUGAUGAACCCACAAGCAGGUAAACCUUCAGAUUUGAUCCUCACACGACUCCUCGUGCCUCCACUGUGUAUCAGACCCUCUGUCGUGAGCGACUUGAAGUCUGGCACCAAUGAAGAUGAUUUGACAAUGAAACUGACAGAGAUCAUUUUCCUCAAUGAUGUAAUAAAAAAACAUAGGAUAUCAGGAGCCAAAACACAGAUGAUUAUGGAAGACUGGGAUUUUCUUCAGUUGCAGUGUGCCCUGUACAUUAAUAGCGAGCUCUCUGGAAUACCCCUCAACAUGGCACCUAAAAAAUGGACCAGAGGUUUUGUUCAGAGACUUAAGGGAAAGCAAGGUCGGUUUAGAGGCAAUCUGUCUGGAAAGAGAGUGGAUUUUUCUGGCAGAACAGUCAUUUCACCUGAUCCUAACUUAAGAAUCGAUGAAGUAGCGGUGCCUAUUCAUGUUGCUAAAAUACUGACCUUUCCUGAAAAGGUGAACAAAGCAAAUAUUAAUUUUAUGAGGAAACUUGUCUGUAAUGGUCCUGAUGUUCAUCCUGGAGCAAACUUCAUACAGCAAAGGCACACCCAAAUGAAAAGAUUUUUGAAAUACGGGAACCGAGAGAAGAUGGCCCAGGAGCUGAAGUUUGGUGAUAUUGUGGAGCGACAUCUUAUAGAUGGUGACAUCGUCUUGUUCAACCGGCAGCCCUCUCUGCACAAGCUGAGCAUCAUGGCUCACAUUGCUAGAGUAAAACCUCACAGGACAUUCAGGUUCAAUGAAUGUGUCUGUACACCCUACAAUGCAGACUUUGAUGGAGAUGAGAUGAACCUUCACCUUCCUCAGACAGAAGAAGCAAAAGCAGAAGCACUUGUUUUAAUGGGGACUAAAGCAAACUUGGUAACACCAAGAAAUGGAGAACCUCUUAUUGCUGCUAUUCAAGAUUUCCUCACAGGUGCCUAUCUUCUUACAUUAAAAGAUACCUUUUUUGAUCGAGCCAAAGCUUGUCAAAUUAUUGCUUCUAUCCUGGUUGGCAAGGAUGAAAAGAUCAAAGUUCGUCUUCCACCCCCAGCAAUUCUAAAGCCUGUAACACUCUGGACAGGAAAACAGGUUUUCAGCCUCAUUCUCAAACCCAGUGAUGAUUGUCCUGUAAAAGCCAACCUACGAACAAAGGGCAAACAGUAUUGUGGCAAAGGGGAGGACCUGUGUUACAAUGAUUCUUAUGUCACAAUUCAAAACAGUGAGUUAAUGAGUGGCAGUAUGGACAAAGGAACAUUGGGGUCAGGAUCCAAGAACAACAUCUUCUACAUCUUGCUGAGAGACUGGGGCCAGGUGGAAGCUGCAGAUGCCAUGUCACGUCUGGCCAGACUUGCUCCAGUCUAUCUUUCUAAUCGUGGCUUUUCAAUUGGAAUUGGUGAUGUAACCCCUGGGCAGGGCCUGCUAAAAGCUAAGUAUGAGCUCCUGAAUGCUGGCUAUAAGAAAUGUGAUGAGUAUAUUGAAGCUCUCAACACUGGCAAACUACAGCAGCAGCCUGGUUGUACUGCAGAAGAGACACUAGAGGCUUUAAUCCUUAAAGAACUGUCUGUUAUCAGAGAUCACGCUGGCAGUGCCUGUCUCAGAGAACUGGACAAGAGCAACAGUCCCCUGAUCAUGGCUCUCUGUGGUUCUAAAGGCUCCUUCAUUAACAUAUCCCAGAUGAUUGCUUGUGUAGGUCAGCAGGCUAUCAGUGGGUCCCGCGUUCCUGACGGGUUUGAGAACAGAUCCUUGCCUCACUUUGAGAAGCAUUCUAAGCUCCCUGCAGCAAAAGGCUUUGUUGCUAACAGCUUCUAUUCUGGGUUGACUCCCACUGAAUUUUUUUUCCAUACAAUGGCUGGUCGGGAAGGUUUGGUUGAUACAGCUGUAAAAACAGCUGAAACUGGAUAUAUGCAGAGACGUCUGGUAAAAUCCCUUGAAGAUCUUUGCUCACAGUAUGAUUUAACAGUCAGAAGUUCUACAGGUGACAUUAUACAGUUUAUUUAUGGAGGAGAUGGCUUGGAUCCUGCAGCUAUGGAAGGGAAGGAUGAACCACUGGAAUUCAAGCGAGUUCUAGACAAUAUCAGGGCUGUCUAUCCAUGCAGAAGUGAACCAGCCCUUAGCAAAAAUGAAUUGGUGUUAACAUCCGAGUCCAUCAUGAAGAAGAAUGAAUUUCUUUGCUGCCAAGACAGUUUUCUGCAGACAUUAACUGAGACAGGUUAUGAAAAAUAUAAUGAGGAAAUUAAAAAAUUCAUCAAAGGUGUUUCUGAGAAGAUAAAAAAAACUAGGGACAAGUAUGGAAUUAAUGACAAUGGCACAACAGAGCCAAGAGUUUUAUAUCAGUUGGACAGGAUUACUCCAACACAAUUAGAGAAAUUUCUAGAGACUUGUAGAGACAAAUACAUGAGGGCGCAGAUGGAGCCUGGUUCUGCAGUAGGAGCUCUUUGUGCACAGAGUAUUGGUGAGCCUGGCACACAGAUGACUCUGAAGACUUUCCAUUUUGCUGGUGUUGCUUCAAUGAACAUCACUUUGGGUGUGCCAAGGAUCAAAGAAAUCAUUAAUGCUUCAAAGGCUAUUAGCACCCCUAUUAUAACAGCACAGUUGGACAAAGAUGAUGAUCCUGAUUUUGCCCGUCUGGUUAAAGGAAGAAUUGAAAAAACUUUGUUAGGAGAGAUUUCUGAAUAUAUUGAAGAAGUGUUUCUUCCAGAUGACUGCUUCAUCCUAGUGAAGCUGUCUUUAGAGCGCAUUAGACUACUGAGAUUAGAGGUGAAUGCAGAGACUGUGCGCUACUCAAUUUGCAUCUCUAAGCUGAGAGUGAAGCCUGGGGAUGUUGCUGUCCAUGGAGAAGCAGUUGUAUGUGUGACCCCUCGUGAAAAUAGCAAGAGUUCCAUGUAUUAUGUAUUGCAGUCCCUCAAGGAAGAACUGCCAAAGGUUGUAGUGCAAGGCAUACCAGAGGUUUCCCGAGCUGUCAUUCAUGUUGACGAACAAAGUGGAAAGGAAAAAUACAAACUUCUGGUUGAAGGUGAUAAUCUACGAGCUGUUAUGGCUACUCAUGGAGUGAAAGGAACAAAAACAUCCUCUAACAACACUUACGAGGUAGAGAAAACUCUGGGAAUUGAAGCUGCUCGGACGACCAUUAUCAAUGAGAUUCAGUAUACGAUGGUGAACCAUGGCAUGAGCAUUGACAGGAGACAUGUUAUGUUAUUGUCUGAUCUAAUGACUUACAAGGGUGAAGUGCUGGGCAUUACCAGGUUUGGACUGGCAAAAAUGAAGGAAAGUGUGUUGAUGCUGGCUUCUUUUGAGAAGACUGCUGACCAUCUCUUUGAUGCUGCUUACUUUGGGCAGAAGGAUUCUGUUUGUGGUGUUUCUGAGUGCAUCAUCAUGGGAAUUCCAAUGAAUAUUGGAACAGGACUCUUUAAACUGUUACACAAAGCGGACAAAGAAUCAACCCCUCCCAGGCGGCCUCUGAUAUUUGAUCAUAAUGAAUUUCACAUUCCCAUUGUUACGUAGCACUUGGACAUAAAACAAGAUAGUAAACCAAGAAAUAGUAAGCAAACAUAAUUUAAAUUAAGAAAAGUGUAUUAUCAGUUCUAUGUGUCUCAAUAGCAGUGAAUUGGUGAGUUAAAUACUAUCAAAAGAAUUGCCCAGUUGUUCACCACCUGUUUUUAGUACAGACCCUGAAAGGAAAGAGUGCACCAAAGAGUGGAAAUAAAUUUAAAGUAGAUUUCACCUGAAACAUUUUCAUGUGAUAGUGUUUGCUUUUUCUAUUACUGUUAAUGGGUGGAAGCUGUUAUUAACUCAGUAUUUAUUACAUGUGUAUUCAGAUUUUUUUUACUAAAAAAAAAGAAAAUUGCAAGAGAGUUCUGUAAGCUUGCCCAGAGCACUUUUGGAAAUGUCCUUUCAACAGGAGCUGCAGAGGUCAGUCUACAGCUGUUAAGAGCAGGAACUUCAGAAAGCUGGAACUGAGUCUGUGAUUAAUUCAUAGUGAGUUCAGGAGUGCUGUUCAAAGUGUUUGAAAUACUUGCUCUUUGCUUUUGGUAGUUUUAAUUGGUUUUUCUUUAUCCUGAGUUAUUAUCCAUUAAAUUAUUUUCCUCCCCAGGAUUCUGUUUUGGGACCAUAUCUACAAGAAGCUGCACAUUGUGGAUGCUACUAAAUUCUGAGAAGACUGUUGUAAGAAUAUUGCAAAUUAUAGAUAGCUUUUCAUAUGACAGCAACUGUCUAACUGCUGGAAUCAGUAACUUACAGUAGUCUUAGUUUAGGGAAAGUUUCAUAAUUGAGCAGGAUCAUCUGAACAACCUAGUUUUAUUUUACUAUAUAAAGUAGAAAUUGAAGCGGAUGCUGUUUCUAUGCAUUGCUGUGAAAUAAUUUGGAAGUAUUUUUAGAUUUAGUCCACUAAAGCAGUUUUCAGAAUGAAUAUAGAUCUCAAAUCAUUUCAGUGUAGUAUGUUUAAAUUUACUGUGGUGCUAAGGAGGGAAAGUACCUUCUUGUUUUGUCAGCAGUGUUUGGAUACUCAGUGUGCUCAGGACAUGGGUCAAGGAAGUAGAGAAAAAAGUAGAAAUUGUGCCCUCAUGAAGUAAAAGCAGACUGCUGAGUAUUCUAGCAUUUGAAAAUGAGCGCAUUUGUGCUGCAUUUUGGCUUUAUGUCCAAGAAAAGUGUAAGGCUACAUUCAGAGACUGAAAAUCUACUGGUUUAAGUCUUAAAGUGCCACUGUGUCUGUUUUUUAAUUCAUGAUCCAUGCAGACAAGAUCUCAUGUGAAAUUCAACAUAGCUAUUCUCAAAUUAUUUUGUAUUUUCAGUGUGAUGCUAAGAUCUACAUCUGCCUAGAUUUCGGCAGGGUGAAGAUGGAGAAUGUAGUGCAUUUAUUAUCUGUUCUAAAAACUACAUAUAUUUUGCUAUCUCUGUUUUAGUAAUAGAAAUUUCAGAAUCAAUCAAAGUUUUCUUUGUGAUCUCAGUGAGAUUGCCACUUACUCAUUUGUCUAUUUCUUUUUCAAGUUGUAAAUUUAACAUGAGUAGGGGCUUCAUGGAGAGAAAGCCCAUAAACCUUUCCUGUGGUUCAGUACUUUGUUUUAUCAUGGGAAAUUCUAGUGAUAGUGCUUGGCAUUUUUCUGAAUAAAGAUUCUUCCCAAGGUCAAAA